UCAGUUAAGAUGUACGCCAUUCUUGAUGAUCAGAGCAAUUGCUCGCUGGCACGUCCUGAAUUCUUUGAGCUAUUUGGAAUCAAGGGUAGCCCUCUGACAUACCAUAUGAGAACGUGUGCUGGUUUAACUCAAAUGCUCGGCAGGAAAGCAGUGGGGUUCCAAAUUGAGCCUGUAGGUGAAGGCCCACGUCUAGACCUUCCUCCUCUCAUUGAAUGUGAUGAGAUAGUAUUUAACAGAGACGAAAUACCUACACCUGAAGUCGCUCUUGCCCAUGCCCACUUGAAACAUCUGGCUCCUCUGAUACCUAAGCACGACCCAGCUGCCCAGAUUGCAGUUUUACUGGGCAGAGACAUCAUACAAGUCCACAAGGCACGACAACAAGUCAAUGGACCCCACAACGCUCCCUUUGCUCAGCGCCUAGACCUAGGCUGGGUAAUCGUGGGGGAAGUAUGCCUCAAUGCUCACAGGGCAACGGUCAAUGCCUAUAAAACUCACGUGCUCUCCAACGGACGUCCAUCUCUCCUCACUCCUUGUCCUAACAGCAUGAAGAUCAAAGAAAAACCAUGCUAUGGCGGGGAGCACAAGAGUAGCUUCUUAAAACGCAGUUCAAAACCCAAUGCAGCAGAAGAAAAGCUUGGAGAGAAAGUUUUUGAGCGCACAGAAUAUGACAACCAGCAUGCCCUGUCCUUUGAGGAUGAGACCUUCCUUAAGAUAAUGGAAAAGGAAGUCCACCAGGAUGGAAACAAUAACUGGAUUGCUCCUUUACCAUUCAAGUCCCCUCGCUUGCCACUUCCAAAUAACAGAGACCAAGCGCUGUCUAGACUUAACUCACUGAGACGCAACUUAACCAAAAACCCUCAAAUGAAAGAGCAGUUCUCAGAAUUUAUGGACAAACUGUUUAAAAACAACCAUGCAGAGAUUGCUCCACCCAUUGAUGAUAACACUGAGUGCUGGUACCUGCCUAUUUUCGGCGUAUAUCAUCCCCAGAAGCCCGGUCAGAUACGGGUGGUCUUUGACUCCAGUGCCGAGCAGUCUGGCGUGUCACUCAAUUCAGUGUUAUUAACGGGCCCUGAUCUCAAUAACACCCUCCUUGGUGUCCUGAUUCGGUUUAGGAAAGAACUCAUUGCAACCACUGCUGACAUCCAGCAGAUGUUUUAUGGGUUCCUGGUUAGACCAGACCACAGAGAUUAUUUGAGGUUUCUGUGGCACAAGGACAAUGACUUGUCAAAGGAGGUGCAGGAGUACCGCAUGCGGGUACAUGUUUUUGGUAAUAGCCCGUCACCAGCGGUAGCCAUCUAUUGCCUUCGAAGAGCCAUCCAGGAAGGUGAGGCAAAGUUUGGAGCAGACACAAGUCACUUCGUCGAGAGACACUUCUACGUCGAUGACGGGCUGAUUUCAGUUCCCACAGAGUCUGCAGCCAUCGAUCUGCUCAAGCGCACAUGUGCAUCCUUAGCUGAGUCUAACCUCAAGCUCCACAAAAUCGCCUCAAAUAGUGUCUCAGUCAUGCAAGCAUUCAAGCCAGAGGAUUUGGCCUCCGGCAUCAAAGACUUGAGUCUCGGUGACGAUGCUUUACCGGCCCAGAGAAGUCUAGGAAUGUGCUGGGACAUUAAUACUGACUCAUUUACCUUCAAGGUAGCUGUCAAUGACAAACCCUAUACCCGCCGUGGGGUUCUCUCAGUGAUUAAUAGCAUCUUCGACCCCUUGGGACUAGCAUCGCCAGUGACAAUCAAAGGCAGACUCUUGUUACGCAAAAUGUCAAAUGGAGUCCAAGAUUGGGAUGCUUCUCUCCCCCAAGAGGAGAUGGACGCAUGGGAAACGUGGAAAAUGUCCCUCCAAGAUCUGAGCAGCCUUAGAGUGCCGCGCUGCUAUGUACCAGCCUCCCUUUCCAAGUCCACUUACACUGAACUGUGUGUCUUUAGUGAUGCCUCAAGCUGGGCUAUUGCAGCAGUUGCAUAUUUGAAAACAGUCAAUGCAGAGGGAAAAUGUGAAGUCGGAUUUGUGCUUGGGAAAGCAAAACUUUCACCCCAACCAGAACCCACAAUACCUCGUCUUGAGCUUUGUGGAGCAGUUCUAGCGGUGGAGAUGGCGGAGCUCAUUCUGGAUGAACUUGAUCAUAAACCGAACACUGUCAAAUUCUACUGUGACAGCAGGGUGGUUCUUGGGUACAUUUGCAACGAUUCAAAGCGCUUUUAUGUCUACGUACAUAAUCGAGUUCAUCGUAUACGCCAGUCCACACCCCCUGAACAGUGGCAUUAUGUUACAUCAGAGCAAAACCCAGCUGAUCUAGCAACCAGGUCGGUACCUGCAUCGCAGCUCAUGGACACUAUGUGGUUUAAGGGACCAGACUUCCUUUACAAACUACAUGAACCAGAGACACAUGAAUCGUUUGAGCUGGUUGAACCUGAAGUGGAUGCUGAAAUCCGACAAGUUGGUACUUUCGUUACUCAGAUUCAGAAGAGCGGACUCACACCAGAACGCUUCCAACGCUUUUCAAGCUGGACGUCACUGGUACGUGCCAUUGCCUUCUUAGUUCACCAAGCUCGUUCUCACUCAUCAAGCAACUCGUCAAAUCAUUCAUGUAGGGGCUGGCAUAGAUGCAGAGAACCACGCACUCCAGAGGAGAUGGAUGCUGCCAGUAACCUCAUUCUCCAGUCUGUUCAAAAGGACGCCUUUCCUGAUGAGUAUGCUGCUCUCCAAAACAGUCAAACCAUCCACAGCUCUAGCCCCAUUGUGGCCCUUGACCCCUUCUUGGAUGAAGGCCUCAUCAAAGUUGGAGGUCGCCUCAAACAUGCUUCAUUGGACCCAACGUUAAAGAAUCCAAAAAUUCUGCCAAGCAAGCAUCAUGUGUCAAAGUUGCUUGUCCUGCACUAUCAUGCUAAGGUUGUGCAUCAAGGAAGGCAGUUCACAGAGAGUGCAGUUAGGCAAGCUGGACUGUGGAUUGUAGGCUGCAAAAGACUGGUCUCAUCCAUCAUCCACCGCUGCGUAACAUGCAAGAAACUCAGGGGGAAACUACAGACUCAAAAAAUGGCAGAUCUCCCGCCUGAAAGACUUGAAACAUGCCCUCCAUUUUCAUACGUCGGGUUGGAUGUGUUUGGCCCAUGGUCAGUGGUCACUCGACGCACACGAGGUGGCGCAGCACAAAGUAAGAGGUGGGCAAUACUUUUUACAUGUAUGACUACAAGAGGUGUACAUAUCGAAGUCAUUGAAUCUAUGGACACUUGCAGCUGCAUAAAUGCAAUACGCAGAUUCUUUGCAAUAAGAGGCCCAGCCAAACAAAUGCGGUCAGACAGGGGCACCAACUUCAUCGCAGCAAGCGUGGAGCUUGGCAUGGCACAACCAAACAAGAACCCUCCCAACAUUGUCAACCAUCUUCACGCCAACGGUUGCACAUGGGAGUUCAACCCCCCACAUGCUUCCCACAUGGGGGGCGUCUGGGAAAGGAUGAUUGGGGUAACUCGCCGAAUAUUGGAUUCUAUGCUCUUGCAGAACAAACACACCCGUCUGACACAUGAGGUGCUUUGUACCCUAAUGGCUGAGGUAUCGUCUAUAAUCAAUGCAAGGCCCUUGGUCCCUAUUUCAACUGACCCUUCCUCACCAUUCAUACUCUGUCCUGCAAUGAUACUGACCCAAAAGCAGGGCGUUCCUUCUCCACCAGGAGACUUUUGUGGAAAAGACUUGCUCAAGAACCAAUGGAAACAAGUGCAAGCACUCGCCAAUGGUUUCUGGAGUCGCUGGAGAAACGAAUAUCUCAACACCCUCCAGUCAAGGCGCAAGUGGCAUGGAACACACCGCAACCUUCAGUCAGGCGACAUUGUGUUGUUGAAACACAAUCAAGCACCCAGAAACGAAUGGACAAUGGCUAUCAUCACGGCGACCUUUCCAAGCAGUGAUGGGAAGGUCAGAAAGGUCGAAGUGAGGACAUCUUCCCAGGGAGUCUCAAAGACUUACCUGCGUCCCAUUUCAGAUGUUGUUGUGCUCUUAGAAAAGGAAAUGACUGAUAAAAAGUAGUAGUGGCAUCAGUAAUGCCAGGCGGGGAGUGUUCUGUCCCAAGUAAAAGAUUAAAAAUGAUUCAUAAUAAUUUAGUGAUAAAAAUGUCAUAUUUCAUCUGUGGUAAUUUAUGUUAAAAAAGAGAGUCAUUUAGUUAAAAAAUAUUUUCUAUACAGUCAGCAUUAGUUUUUCUGUAUCUUAUUUUGAAGGAGUAGUCUGUGUUCGCAAUGCAUUGUGGGAAGCGGAAGCUGCAGUCAGUUGGGAAAAAGCAUUGUACAGAAAGCCUGCCUAUCCGUGUUUAAACUUCAUCUCCUGUGCCCUGAAUCUUUAUAUACACCAUCGAAAGCAAUGGCUAGACACUUGUAGUAAUUCUGAAGUUGAGAUCUUGAAGCCUCAGUGUGAUGAGCUGUCCACAGAGCUACGCAGAAGAUUAAAUUCUUUGGACAGUUAUCAGAAAAGCAUUAAGACUCACUCCCAGAGAUGCCACUUUAACCAGGGUAGCACCCCUCGCUGUGUAAAAGUCCUGCAAACCUGUUGAUAAAACUCACUGACGGUAAACAUGCCUGAAGCUGAAGUACUGUACUCUGCUGUAAAGUUUAAAGUGAGGAGGGAGUCCAUCGCUGACACAUACUCAGAAGUCAAGAUUUCAAAGACUCAGCCAUCCACAAGAGAGCCUGAGGAUUCUCAACAAGCAGUGUCUUCUAAAGGGUCAAAGGUCACCUCAGAGAGAGUAGCCCUGCUGGUUCUCAGUGUUCUCCUGGCAGCUGCUGUUAUUGGUCUUGGUGUUACCAAUAAGCAAUCCUAUAAAUGUGAAGAUGGCUGGGAGAAACAUGGAGGAAAGUGCUAUUAUUUCUCCAUCGGUAAAAACUCCUGGAACGAGAGCAGAGAUGAAUGUAGAGCUAAAAAAGGAUAUCUGGUUAAGAUAGACAGCAUGAAGGAGCAGAAAUUCCUGGAGAGUAAACUGAAAGGAAUCAUGAACUCUGAUGAUAAGUUCUGGAUCGGACUGAUAUACUCAGAUGAAGACAACGGAUGGGUUUGGAUGGACGGAUCACCGCUGAACAAAAGUUUGACUUUUUGGAGCAUCAAAGAUAAAGACAAUAAGAAUGGGACAAAAAAGGAAAAUCCUGAUGGGCAAAGCUGUUUAAGGGUGGCAGGGAAAGAUGCAGCUAAGCUUUUAUCCUGCAAAAGGCCUCAAAGAAGUAUUUGUGAGAAAUAACUGAACACUGUAAAUGUGCUACUGUUUAAAAAUCAGUCAGCCUAUAAAAAAUGCUCAGUAAAAGACACAGAUGUUGGAGUUGUGAUGUGUUU